AUGGCGUCAGGAGGGGCAUCUGGUGGAUGUGGAUCACGACCUCUGUGGUCGACGUCCAUUGAUGCUGGCCCAGAAGUGGUCACUGGAAGACCACCCUCCACAGGGGAAGAUGAAGGGGCUGCCGGGGGUGGAGCCUGUGGCGCAGAUGUACCUGGAACAAGGAAAGACCCAGAGUCUGUGUCAGCUUCCAACAACAGUUUCCUUGGGCGAAAUGGAUCAGAUGUGUUAUAUUUAUUAUACACUUCAUAUUAUCAACAUGGGCCUUACAAGGCGGACUGGUGUCCAGAUUCAUAUUUCUUUUACUCACUUCUAUUCUUCAUUGCUCUUUUCUGGGCUAUUAAGGACAAGGAAUCUUCUGAUGCGACAGAAAUGGCACUGAUGCUGAAUGUCUUGUGUAUCGCUUUAGAUAUUGUGAUACUUAUCAUCUAUUUUCCUUCAAGUUCAAGAGCUUCAGGUGAAAAGUUUAGCAGUGGAAUGGCAGUGUUAAAUCUUCUGGUCAGACCUGUCACAGCCAUUGCUUUGUACCGUCUUCAUGGGGAUAGGUCAGGAAAUACAAAUGCAUUCCCUGGAAUUGGUGGUAUAUUUGGUAAUUCGGGCAGAACCAGGACAGUAUAUGAGGACAUAGACAGUGGAACCCACCAAGCAGUCCCCAGCAAUAAUGCAGCAGGAACAAGCACCAUUCCAUCAUUAUACUCUGCUCAGGGCCCAGAUAAAAUACCACCACCAUAUGGUGCCUGAUGCAGUCUUUUUUUGUACAUUACCAUAUGAAUUUAAAAGUUCUAAUUGUGUGGAGAGAUGUUUUGUCUCCAAAUGGAGUAAGAAAUAUCCUAAUUCAGCUGAAAAUUUCAUUAACUACUGAGAAAUACUCACUGUACAUUUUGUAGUGCAAAUAUUUUUAAUAAACUGUGUUUAUACAUGUUA